GUCCACGCCUUCUCCGACGAUCUCUCUUCCUGCGCCACAACUCAUGGAGCCCACACCGAGCAUCGAGCACUUCACAGAGAACGGCCGCCCCAGGAGAAGAUUCUUGUGGAGUAGGCAAUCCCUAAACCUAGGAAGGGUAAUUUGUGGCCGAGAGGUGAAAAGGCGGAACCUUUGGCGAGAAGCGUGAGUGAAAAUGGAGUCGACAGGUGGAUGAAGAAGGACGGCAAGAUAUCCGAGGCUAGGGUUUCUGGAAAGCAGAUGAAAAUUAAGCUGGAUUCCUGCUCCAAAACUGGUGAUGUCAUGGAAGCCAUUGCCGUCUACGACUCCGCGGUCGGCCAAGGAAUAAAAUUGCAGCAAUACCACUACAAUGUGCUGCUUUACCUUUGCUCUCCUGCGGCGGUUGGCAUCGUUCAUCCUGCUAAAAGUGGUAGUGUUAAUUCUAAAUCCGAUCCAGAUUGGCAUAUUGAUGGAGAUGUGGUUGAAGAUGCAGACCAAGGAAGUAGAAGAGCUUCUGUUCCGAUUCUUGUAAGCGAUGACAUCAGAGACUAUGCUCGAACCAGAGGACUUGAGAUAUAUCAAAAGAUGUGCUUGGAGAAGAUUGCCAUGAGCGAAGCAGCUCUAACAUCUGUGGCUUCAGUAGCAAUGUCCAUGGACGAUGGUGACAUGGCCUUUGAUUGUGUUAAGCGAAUGAAGCUUUUGGGUAUAACUGCAAGGGUGCGGUCGUAUGGUCCUGCAUUGUUCAACUUCUGCAACAAAGGCGACAUUGAUAAGGCAUUCGAAGUUGAAGCUCACAUGUCGGAAAAUGGCAUCCAACCUGAAGAAUCAGAGUUGGAAGCACUUCUAAGAAUUAGCAUUGCGGCUCGCAGAGGCGACAAGGUGUAUUACCUGCUACACAAGCUUAGAACUAAUGUGAGACAGGUCUCUGCGUUCAAGAGUUUGACUGCAUCAAGACUGGGGAAAAGGAAAUGGGAUGCGGAAAUAUUAGCAGAGGCGAUUGAGAAUGGUGGAGGGGGGUGGCAUGGGCUUGGUUGGCUCGGUAAAGGGAAAUGGAGUGUGGCACACAUAUCAGUAGAUUCAGAUGGUGUCUGCAUGUCUUGUGGUCACAAAUUAGCGACCGUCGAUCUUGAUCCAGUUGAGACAGAAAACUUUGCUAAGUCUGUUGCCUCACUGUCCAACAAGAGAGAAAGGAAUUCGAAUUUUCAGAAGUUUCAAAAAUGGUUGGACUACUAUGGCCCUUUUGAAGCUGUUGUAGAUGCAGCAAAUGUUGCUCUCUAUUGUCAGAACCGGUUCUCAGUUAAUAAGGUCAGUGCUGUUGUUAAUGCCAUACAGCAGAAACUACCUAUGAAGAGAUGCCCACUUAUUAUUGUACAUAAUAAACGACUCAUUGGAAACAAGAUGAAAGAUCCUAUGAACGUGAAGUAUUUGGAGAAAUGGAAGAAUGCAGAUGCGCUUUAUGAAACUCCUACUGGAUCUAAUGAUGAUUGGUACUGGUUAUAUGCAGCUAUAAAAUUUAAAUGCCUUAUUGUGACAAAUGACGAGAUGAGAGACCACACAUUCCAGGUCUUAGGCAAUAACUUCAUUCCACGAUGGAAAGUAAGACAUCAGGUGCAUUUCACUUUCCAUAAUGGAAGUUUGGAGUUUCAUAUGCCACCUCCAUGUUCUAUUAUUAUUCAGAAACACAAGCAUCGAUGUGGAACUCUCCCCAUGGAUCUCAUCCUCUUCUCUUUCUCCAACACCACCAGCUUAUCAUUUCUCUUCCUUUCCUCCAUAAUGGCUUUUGCUUCCUCAGCAAAUUUGUCGAUCCUCAGUACCUCAUCACGGUAUUCACUCAAUGCUCUUGCUUGUCUGCAUUCCAGAAUCCGGAUCCCCCUACAAAAUUCAGACCAAGAAGCCAACUGAUGAGACGACCUGAUGAUGAUGACAAUGAUGGUAAAGAAAAGUAAGUAAUUGCUAACCUGUUUUCGCUUCAAAUGGUGUUUGGCUUUGGACUUCUUAUUGCUCUCCCAUUCAAGAAUAGUAAUCUUCAUCUUUUCAUACCUGCAAAGCAGUUCUGAUAAACCUUUUUUUUAAUUGAUAAUAAAGUUCUAAUAACCUACCUUUUUCUUAUUUUAUCCAAUUUAGCCAUCUUCCAUGCAUCAACUUUUCCUUGCAAUCUCAUGGAAUCAAUUGUUCUUCCUCUAGAAUCUGUAGUUUGUCUCCCUGAGAUUUGCCUCCUCCUGCCUGCAUGCAAUCAUUUAGAUACUUCUCAGACAAAGUUAGUAACAUUGCUGUUCAAAAUCAGAGAUUGGACUUUAGAAUUUGUAGGCUUUAAAUUUUUACAAGUUUGUUAAAUUUUUAGAAGUUGUCUCAAGUUUUUUCAGAAAAAACGUUAUAUCUUUCACAGGAAUUGGCCUUGAUUUUUGGUCUAUAAGAAGGUUUGAAUCCUCCAUAUAUUCUUUGAUUUCAUGAAUUUUGUUUGCUUUGUGAGUUUCUCUGUGGGAUUACUUUUAGUUGUUAUUUCCUCAUCGAAUAUGGCUCUUGUUAACUAAGAAUUCAGAGUUUGGAUCCUCGUAUUAAAAAAAAAAAAACCUAAUUCAGGUGCCGUCUCACGUAUUAUACUAAACAACUUUUUUCUAUGAUUCAUUUGACAAAUUUUUGUGUCAAAAUUGUGCCAAAUUCGACUUACAUGCCAAUUAGUUGUUAAAUAGCAUUUAUGUAACAAAAUUGCGUGUAGUGGUGAGUUUUCGCAUAAUUUUGAUACAAGUUACCAACUGUUCUUGUGAAAUAGCUUGCGAAAAAGUACUAUCUGGUUGUGACCUUUCAUCUGUUGCUUCCUUGCAGCUAAGCCAUCUGGAUAUUUUGCUAUAUCUAGUUGCUUUGUCCAUGCUAUCUCCUCCUCUUGUACUUUUGUUUACAGAUAUUGGUCGCGUCAUUGAUCGGUUACUCAGCUCAUUCUUGUUUUGCAACUCUUCUUCUAUCAAACUAAUAGCAUAUGCAGAUGCCACGACCGCCAUCACGAACACAAUGUUAGCUUUUGCCUUGCUCAUUUGUUCUCUAGAUUGUUGCAUUUGGAACAAGUCAUCAUCCAGUUCAACUCUGUUGGACAAAAGAAGGUUAGUGUUUGAUAAUUAAGCUUGUAUGAACAAUGUAUCAUUUGACGACAAAUGACGAGGGCUGAGAUGAGGACGAUGACAAAAGAGAAGGUGAGAGCCAAUGCAUACCGUAAUUGUUUGAACAGAUUGUACAUUAAGCUUUCAUUUGCUGAAUCUCCAUUCAUAUUUGUAAUGGAGAAGCUUCAAAAUGAAGGUAUGAAUGAAAAAUUAUUUAAGGGCUUGUUUCCUACAAGGGAAAGACAAGCAUUUGGGGGAAACA